AGAUUCGUCAACACCACCGGUCGCAGCCUUUCAGCUCACCCCACUCAUCUUCCCAAUAGCCCUCAAAUAAAUUUCUCGCUCUCUUACAGUCAAAUCAAAUCAGUUCAUGGGUUCAUCAUUGUGUCAAUCUCUUUUAAAGACAGUGCGAUAUUGAUGGAAGUUAAUCAGUCAACUCAGUACGCAAAGUUUCACUUUCAUCCGUAGCAAUUCUUCGUGACUUUGAAUUUUAGUUCCCGCUCCCUUCUCUAUCGCGAAUCUGAUGGCACGAUGUCGUUUGCUUCUGUUCCUUGCUGCGGUUUUCUCCAUUUUCGGACUCCUCCAUGCCAGUGCCGGCGAUGCCGAUCCGGUUUACAGAGCUUGUGUUGAUCAGUGUGAGAAGACUGGAUGCGUGGGGGAUAAAUGCUCUCAAAACUGUAAUUUCACUUCUGGUGGGAGUCCCAUUGAUGGUCCAUGGUAUCUGCAGGAACCACUUUAUCUGAGAUGGAAGCAAUGGGACUGCCUUAGUGAUUGUCGUUACCACUGCAUGCUUUCCAGAGAGGAAGAGCGGAAGAAACUUGGUCUUAAGCCUGUCAAAUAUCAUGGAAAAUGGCCUUUUCAGCGUGUCAAUGGAAUCCAGGAACCUGUUUCUGUAGCUCUUUCGGCUCUUAACCUUGCUGUACAAUUUCAUGGAUGGGUAUCCUUUUUCAUUUUGGUGAAUUACAAGCUGCCCUUUAGGCCAAACAAAAAGCCAUAUUAUGAGUAUACUGGCCUGUGGCAUAUAUAUGCUAUUUUUUCACUGAACUCCUGGUUUUGGAGUGCUGUUUUCCAUAGUAGAGACGUAGACUUGACUGAGAAGCUAGACUAUUCGUCUGCCGUUGCAUUAUUGGGGUUUUCUCUGAUCCUGGCUGUAUUACGAGUCUUCAAUGUGAGAGACGAGGCUGCAAGGGUAAUGGCUGCUGCUCCCAUUCUCGCAUUUGUGACAACCCACAUCUUGUAUCUGAACUGUUACCAGCUUGACUAUGGGUGGAACAUGAAAGUCUGCAUGUCUAUGGGCAUGCUGCAGCUUAUCUUAUGGGCUGUCUGGGCAGGGGUUACUUGCCAUCCGUCACGCUGGAAACUAUGGGUUGUGGUGAUUGGUGGAGGUCUCGCUACACUACUUGAGUUAUAUGACUUUCCUCCCUAUAGGGGAUUUGUGGAUGCCCAUGCUCUCUGGCAUGCCACCACCAUCCCUCUGACCUGCUUGUGGUGGAGCUUUGUGCGGGAUGACAGUGAAUUCAGGACAACAACUCUCAUCAAGAAAGCAAAGUAGAUUGAACAAUCAUGUGCUUCUUAAUACUAAUUAUGUAUGAAAUUAUUUGUUUGUCAGGUCUUUGUUAGUUGUCAGCAGGCUGCCUUUUUUUUUUCUCGCUGUGUACAUUUCUAGGAGAUGCCUACCCACACGAGUUUCUCUAUUUCCAACUUCAGUAAGUCUAGGUUGGAUUCACUGUUUGAUUUUGAAAUUCUUCUCCAGUAGCUUUGUAAUAGCAUUUGAAAUUCUGUUGUUGCUUUUUGUGCUUAUGUGGCGUGAACUUUACUUGAGCUAGAGCACAAGAUCAAGUCAUUUAAAGCUCCUUGAGGUGAAUAAUUUAUGACGUGUGUUUCCAUAUG